UUGCUUGUACUCACGUCGUCUCUGUAGGUACUAGGUAGCUUCAAGUCAAAACCUAGACGACCGUUAGAAGGCAGAUUAUCACCGACUACACGUCUCUUCAAAACCCUAAGCCACCCAACACACACGCAAUCAUACACUAGCUUGUUUCCGUUCACCACUGAUUCUCUGCAACAAGUUCGAAACCAUGAAAAGGAAGGCCGAAGAAGAAGAGCUGGGGAGGUUGUGGGGCGACGGCGAGGACUGGGAGAGAGGAGAUUUGAUCGGAGAAGGCUGUUUCGGGUCGGUUUUUCUUGCCUUUUCCAAGAAAAACAAACCCAUUGUCAGUGAUCGUCCACCACUGCCUCCGGUCAUGGCUGUCAAAUCUGCUGAGCUUUCCCAUUCCGAGUCGAUUCAGCACGAGACGGAGGUUCUCAGCUACGUAAAAGGCUCCGCUUUUGUGAUUGAUUGCUUGGGUGAAGAAAUCACAACCAGUGAGGAUGGCGAUCAGAUGGUCUACAAUUUGCUGCUCGAAUUUGCCGCAGGGGGAACCCUUGAUGGCCUGAUCAGGAGAUUCAAGGGCCGGGGUUUGCCGGAAUCCGAUGUCAUAAGUUACACAAGGUCAAUUCUCCGAGGGUUGAUACACAUUCACGAGUGCGAUUACGUCCACUGCGAUUUAAAGCCGGAGAAUAUUUUGCUUGUGCCUGUUGCUAAUACUGGAAGGUUUGUGGCCAAGGUCGCAGAUUUGGGAUUGGCUAAGAGAACCAAAGAGGAUGUGGGAGGAUGGAGAGGCACUCCGAGGUAUACGGACCCGGAUGCCUUGAUGGAUAAUGUGCAAAAUCAGUCCUCCGAUAUCUGGUCUGUUGGUGCCAUUGUUCUUGAGAUGUUAACAGGCAGCCCCCCUUGGGAUGUGAAGCCCGGCUCCGAUCUUGAAGACUUCUUGGACAUGGUUUCUCAAGAAAUUACCCCCAAAAUUCCUCCCGGAAUCUCAAGUGCGGCAAACGAUUUUCUCAAGUGUUGCCUAGCCAUCAAUUCUUGGGAAAGGUUAACUGCCGAACAAUUGUUGUUUCAUCCAUUCAUAGCUGAGCCACAGGCAUCCGAAGCAUGUCAUUCUUCUCUGGGCUAUACCGUUGUUCCGAAAAUUCAGCCCCCAGUAGGUUUAGUAAUAACAGCCGGACUAUAGAAGCCCUGUGUUAUGUCACAAAUUUGAAGCAGAUGUUUCCCAUAUUGACCUCAAAGCAGCAAAACUACAUCCAGGCCCAUGAUUUUGGUGAGUAUGUUGUUGUUGUGAAAGUUACCAUCGUAGUUUUUAUCUAUAAUUCUUCGCUUGCUUAGGCUAUAGAUAGCAGAGAAGUGCCGGCAGCAAGCAGAGGCACAUUAAUCAUAUAGGACUACGCUUGAAAAGAUGAUUUGAGAUGCUAUGCACCAGUAAGAGUGAAAAACAGCAAUCUGAGUACAAGGGUUAACAAUUUCUACUUUUUUUAAUUUAAGAUACAUGAAGCCUCAUUAUCACAGAAUGAAAGUAUGAUUACGUUGCAGAGCAGGCUAGAUACAGUGUUGCAAAAGAGGACGAAUAGACACCUAGAUUUUGGUAGGUCUUGCUUCUAAUUUCCUUUGGCAAGCUAGUCAUAACUCUUGUUUGUGUUUACAACAACCCAAUUUUUGCUUUAGCUUUCUAGUUCUUGUAUUUGACUUGUGUAUGUUUGUUAUUGGUCUGGUCUUACCGAAGUCUUAAACUACUCCAAUUUUUGCAUACUUCACUGAGAGAAGGGGAAUAUAAACCUACUUGUUCUUCACUUCAAAAAAAAUAAACUUAUUUGUUCUAAAUCUUGAAAUGUUACUAAAAUUUAAAUGCUUAUCCUCUUUUUUAAACGUGGUUUGGUUGAUUCAAAAGAUAAAAUGAGGAUCACUUGUGAUAUUUUCGUGAUGCUUAAAGCUUAAAGCUUUUGGUUCUUCCUCUGUUCCUUCUGUAGCUGCUUUUGUUUAGUGGCUCUCUAUCUGCAGUAUAGUAGGUGCCAUUUUCUCUGUUUGGCUUGCAGAUUUCAGUGGUCUUCUCUGUUUCUUUCCUUCUAGUUCAGCAUUUGAUCCUGACAUAUGGUAAAACAGUUAUUUGUCAUCACCACAACUCUCAUCACUCUUUGGAUAUAGAGAAGGCACCGUUAUGUAUGAUUCGUAUUCCACACUAUCUUAUUGGAAUAAAGUCACUGUUGUCUGCAAUUUCACCAGUGUCAGCUGCAAUAAACUGCAUCGUCCUGCAGAACUUCUUCUGCAAGGAUUAUGAACUUGUAGGGCAGCCUUCACCUGACAUUUCUAAAUCUAACAUUACUUCUCCACUUACUUAAUUUCUUUCGCUAGCUAAUACUUUGUUACUGACUUUUUGACUUGUUUAUACUUGUUUGGUUGGGACUAAACCUUUUGUUCAACAAUCCCAAGUUAAUUUAGCACAUUUUGCAGAAAACUAAAUCAUGAAAAGUAGCAAAUAGGAGGAGGUGCAAAACAUAAAAAUGAUAAGAUUAUGUAGCUAAGAGAAGUAGUUGGAAUUCAGAAUGCUGUUAUAGUUGGAGCCCCGACCAUCAUUUUGAAAUUAAUCACUGAGAUUUGAUGAAAAAAUGAAUAUUAAUUCAUAUGUAUAAGUAGUUGAAAAUUUUACAUAUUUGGUGGUUGAAAACGAUAAAAAAUGAUCAAUUGUGGUGUUUAGUUAUGUCUUUUUUUGUAGCAAAGUUUUGGACUUCUGAAUGCAAUAAUAGUUACUUGUUUCUCAAAAUAGAAUCACUGAGAUUAGAUUAAAAGGUGGUUUAGUUAGAAGAGUUGGAUUAUAGAAGCGAAUCUGCUUUCUUUUAAUUCCUUUAUUUUCUCCAACUAAUCCAUGGAUUUGCACAAAGGAUUCAAAAUUUUGUAUCCGAAGUUUGUUUAGUUUUUGUUAGUCUUAUUAUUGCAGGCACGGUUAUGGUCUUGCCUAACUAUUGAAUUUUAGCAUUCAAAGUGGAGCAGUUGGUUCAUUAUUUCUUUUCCAUUCCAUGUCGUUGCUUGGAUCCUAAAUCUUCCAAUUUGUUGCAUUGUCCUUCUACCAGAUUAGUUUUCCCCGUGUUCUCAAUUACUGACCUUUUUUUUGGCUUUGCAGGAUCAUAUGGACGCCUAGCUUUUGGUUGGUCUUGAUCCUAACUUUCUUUGGCAAGCUAGUAGUAACUUUUUUUUUUUUUUUUUUCCUAUUCCGUUUCAACGACCCUAAUUUUUGCCUACUUUGCUUAAAGAAGAUUAAACAAUUGUUUGUCCUAAAUCCCGAAAGGUCGCUAAAAUGUAAAUACUCGUCUACAUUUCUUAAAACAUGAUUUAAGGAAUGGAAAGUUAGAGGUGGUAAAAGGUGCAAAUGAUAUUUUUAAACUUCUGAGGGCAAUUAUAUAGUUAACCUCCUUAUUAAAAUAAAACCGCUGAGUUUUGAUUCUGCAGGCUUUGAUCUCUGUCUCUCUAGCACGCGCAAUAGUUGGUGCUAUGCUUGGAGUAUGGUUUUUCAUGAUGCUUAAAGCUAUGAUCUUUUUUGUUUAAGUUGUUGAGAGCAUGAAUCCCACAUCAAGGAAAGGAAGAACCGUGCAUGUGCGUUUUUAAUUCAUUCUUGUGUUUCCAGAUUGCAGCAGUCUCCUAAUCUAUUGGCUUUCGGUUCGCUGGUAAUGUGAUGUUGUCUCUGUUUUGGCUUGAAGUAUCUCACUCAUAUGUAUUCAAUCUGAAAAGGUAAUCUUGUUAUUGUUUUCAACAACCCAACUUUUGCCAAUUUUUGCUUUAGAUUGCUGCUUCUGUAUUGACUUGUUUACAUCUGUCGUAGGUUUUGUCUUAAAUCUAUGUGUAUUUUCAACAAACCCGACUUUUGCAUAGAGUAUAUGAUUCUUUGUCCUAAAUCUUGAAAAGACUACAGCUUAAUAACGCAUCUGCUUUUUUAAAAUGUGAUUUGAUGUUUGAAAAAAGCAUGAUUUAGGGGAUGCAAACUAUAAAAAAUGAUGGAUUUAACGUUAAUCAAGUCGUUUUUGUAGCAAAGUUUUCGAUUUGAAGUCUCUUGAGUGAUUAUGGCGAUUGUAGUGAUGUCACUACAAUGUUUGAUCACGUAUCUAGUCCCAAAAUCCCUGCAAAAAUCUCAGGUGUAGUUAGGGAUUUUCUUAAGGGUUGCCUUACCACGAGGUCUUGCGAAAGGUUAACUGCUGAGAAGUUAGGGUUGCCUUACCACGAGGUCUUGCGAAAGGUUAACUGCUGAGAAGUUAUUACUUCGUCCAUUUGUUGCUCGACCGCAAUCAUCAAAAUCAGCUAGUCGUACGAAGAUGGAGGUGGUGAGAUCUUUGAGCCAUGCAGGCUUUUACAAAAGCUCCGUCAUUGUUCCGAGAAUUCCACCCCGCCGGCACUGGGUUUUGAGAUAGCAGCUGGUUUAUACAAGUUUGAUUUGAGAAAGUAGAAUGUGAAGGGCCCCGUGUACCGCCAGCCUCGGUGUUAUUAUUUUCAACUCUUGAGUGUGAGGAGGGCUUGCUUGUAAUGAGGGAUGGUAUUGUGAGUAAUUACGGUGUUGCGAUCAUGAUAGUACUACAUUCUAGUGGUGUAUUUAUAUUCAUUUGUAGAAGGUUUUAAGUUCGGAUUUUUUGAAUGACAAGUUCGAUACCAAUUUAAAUGGUUAACACAUUAUUUGACUUA